CGGGAGAUGGAGCAGGGGAAGACAAGCGUCGGCUCGCUCUCCCGAUCGGUUCCCCUGCAGCAGGAGCGUCUCGGCCUUGGUUCCGCGUCUACAUCCCGGGCUUGGCUCUACUGUAGGCAAAGGCAAUGAACUUGUCUGCCAGCUUCUGGAGCUGCCUAGCGCUGGGCUCGCUGCUGCUGCUGUUGGAGCAGGUUCUGGGCGCUCCCCGGGCGCUCGCAGCCCCAAACCAAGAGGUCUGCCUGCUGCCCCCAGAGGAAGGUCCCUGCCGGGCUCUCAUCCCGAGGUGGUACUACAACAGGUACACUCAGACAUGCCAAGAGUUCACUUACGGGGGCUGCGAGGGCAAUGCCAACAACUUCCGAAGCUUGGAAAGCUGUGAGAAAAGCUGCUGGAUGAUCCGGAAAGUGCCCAAAAUAUGCAGGCUGGAGGCUGAUCCAGGACCAUGUAGAGGUUACCUAAAAAGAUAUUCCUUCAACCUGAGUUCAAUGAAGUGUGAGAAAUUUAUCUAUGGUGGAUGCUAUGGAAAUGAUAACCACUUCCAAGAUGAAGAUUCUUGUGUGGACUACUGUUUGCCUCAGAAAACUGGCCCCUCAUUAUGCUAUAGCCCAAAAGAUGAAGGAUCGUGUUCAGCUUCUGUGACCCGCUAUUACUACAACUCAAAGAGUCAAUCAUGUGAAGAGUUCAGCUAUACAGGUUGCGGUGGAAACGCCAAUAAUUUUGUUAACGAAAAAGAUUGUUACAGUAUCUGCAAGAAAGCAGGGAGUAAGAAAUCAAGUUUCAAAAAGUCAAGAAAUAAACUUCCCAAGACUAUGAGAAAACUACAGGAAAAAAAUCUAAUCAAUGUCUUAAAUCUGAAGAGCCCAUCAAUGUUAAAUGCACUACUUUGACUUAGAGAGCCUCCUACAAUAUAUUUUUAGAGUGUGUGUGUGUGUGUGUGUGUACACAAUUUUAUUCCUCAAACUAGUUCUGUCUGAGAACUAGUCUCUUUGACCUGUUUUUUUACAUUAGAAGCAGCUAUUAUUAGUAAUGUGAAUUGAUUUGUUUGGUUCUCUGCAACACUAUUUUUGCUUAAAAACCAAAUUUGAAUUUCCAUGUUUUUACUGAGAAAUAUUGCUACUGUUUUUGGAAAAUGAUUUUACAGUCCCAAUCCUGUGAAGCUUGAAGUACCCUUCAUCUGUUGGUUUAACUAAGGUGUACACCAAGCUAGAGCCCUACCCUUAAUGUUUUUAGCAUUAUUUAUUUACUAAACUGAACAUCAGCAGAGCCUUCCAAGACUGUGUAUAAAUAUCCUUCUCUUGCAUAUUCUUUUGUCAUUAUCAUUUAAACAGUCUAUCCCUUAAAGGGAGUCAUGUUUUAAGUAGAAGAAUCAGAAUAGUGGUAAUUAUAUUAAUGUGGCAAAGGAGACUAGAGCCUGGUUCAA